AUGAUGCCACCCUCGCCUUUACGGAUGGAGUCUUUAUGGAUGUCUUCUUCAGCGGCAACUCAAUUGCAACCCGGUCAGAUAUCGCCUUCGAGCGCAGGACUGAUCAAUUCUUCCGCCCCAACCAUGGUACACUCAGCUUCCUCGUCUUGUGCAGAUUCCUGGAGUACCGAGUACGUCGACCGAGAUGAUGUUGAGAUGGACAACAAUUGGGAGCAAGGCUCGGACGACGUUCUCACAAUUCCAAAGCUGGAGCCUGUCGAAGAUGACCUUAUCAUGGAUGAUCUCAAAGCCGCCCCGCUCGCACCAGCUUCUAUUGAAACCACAAGCGGCGACCCGAAGCCGAAGCGACCACGAGGAAGGCCAAGGAAACAUCCUUUGACGGCGGCAAUAAGCGCAAGUAAAGUAACAAAAGGUCGAUCAAAGACCGGCUGCAUUACUUGCCGCAAGCGCAAGAAGAAGUGCGAUGAAGCGAAACCCCGAUGCAUGAAUUGUGAGAAGAACGCUGUGGUAUGCGAGGGGUAUCACGAGAAACAGAUAUGGAAGAGCGGCAAGGAAAAAGCCGAAGAGGAGCGUUUACGUCAGGAGACCCUGCCAAUAAUCACCAUGCAGCCAAUCUUCCACGGCGUCGAGACAGUGGAGGACAAGGUCUUUUGGAAGCACUACAUUACUCACUUGAGUAAUGUCUUGACAGUCGAAGGCGAGGCGAAGAAUGCCUUCAAAGAUAUUAUUCUUCAUCUUGCCAAUGAGCAUCAGGGGCUUAUGCACUCUAUCCUGGCAGUCAGCAGUAAGCACAUCGAAUGGGACACACCUUAUGGAGCCAAAUUGUUAGCCGACCAUCCUCAGUCCAGCCGAGAAGCGUUACAACAAAGAGCCGACUAUCACCAUGACGAGUCGAUGAAGCGGCUCUACGAGGAUAUGGGUCGACCCUUGAAUAAAGACGACCCCGAGUACAAGACGAUCCUGUCCGCACGAUAUGGACAGAUGCUUUGCUUGCUGCUUCAGACGAGGGCCGAUGGAAACCCUCGCGGUGAACAUAGGGUGCAUCUCCAAGCCUACCAGACUUUAAUUCAGCACUCGCCUCCUGAGGAUCCGGUAUUCUACACAUUUAUUACCGAGUUCUUCCAGUACCACGUUUUCGCCGACGAUUUGUUCUGGCAUCCCGAAAACAUGACAGCUCGAUUGUCAUCUGAAGACUGGGAGCCUACAAUGCCAAUACAGCCACCUCGAUUACUGGGAGUUGGCGACGGGCUCUUUCAGUACCUAUCUCAGAUCACGACUAUUAGGAACACGAUCCGAGUUAAUAUAGCAGCCGGCAUCGACCCUGUGGUUGAUUAUACCAGCUUAUACCAGGCUGCCGAGAUAGACGCAGCUAUUCGAGAGUGGACACCAAACUGGCCCUGGGGUGAUAGUCGUGAUCGAGUUGGGCUACUCUAUAAGCAGAUGAUGUGGGUAUAUCUCUUUCGAACCAUUUACCCACCUUCGGUCUCCUCCAUGCGCCGCUCGACAUUCAGCACUCUACCUAUUCCAGCUUCUGCAUCGGUUUCAGUUGCGCCUCCACCACCGGUUAGGCGAGCUUCGAUGAUGGCUGCGGUAUCAAGAGGCAGCGGCGCCGGUGAAGCUUCAGACGCCCAUAUGGCGAGCAGUUGCCCAACAUCACGCAACCCAUCGAGAACCAAUUCCAUGCACGAACAGGAUUCAUCUUCGUGCCAAGAGAGAGCAUCUUCGCCUCCACCAACCCGAAGACCUGCAUACCACGAUCGCCGAAUUACCCUCGCCGUUGAAGAAUCUCUCAUCAUCCUAGAGUCCUUCAAACCUUCUGACCCAUCCCAGACCUUGCUGCUCAUUCCUUGUCUCAUCAUCGGCACUGCAUGUUUCGAGGGAGCCCAACAGGAGCGUAUUCGUACUGCUGUAAGAGCCGUUCGAGGAUACACGGGUCUCCGUAACUGCGAACGCGUUAUGGAACUUCUCGAGAAAGUAUGGGUUGGCAUGGGCCAAGGCGACUGGGUCUCUGUAUGGGACUGGCAAGGUAUCGCCCGCCGCAUGCGCCUAGAUUUCACCUGCGCAUGA